AUGAAGCGCGCUGCAGAGUACGGUCUGAACGGCUGGGUAAAGAACACAGAUUGCGGGAGGGUCGAAGGCGAAGCCCAAGGCCCCGAAGAGACCAUCCAGAAGUUCCUCAAGGACAUCAACAAUGGCCCGCGACAUGCGCAUGUCGUCAAGCUAGAGCAGAAAACGCUUGAUGCAAAAGAACAUGAAGGACACUUUGGGCUCAGGAAGACAUCUGCCACCGUGUUUGAGUCUCUUUGA